AUGGAAUGCCAGAUACAAUUUCCUUCGAUUGAAAGUGAGAGUUCUCUAUUUUUAUCUGUAGGUGUUCCUAAUGCCAACCUGCCUAAAUCAGCCCUUUCAAAGUUGGGAUCUGAAAUUGAACAAUUAACAGAAAUUCGUGACACAAUUCAGAAAAAGAUUGGAGUAUAUCAUAACAUUAGAAGAGACUAUCCCAUAUAUACACACAAAAACUACGUCAGAGUUAAAAUUCUUAUAAGUGUCAUUGUUGAAUUUGCAGAAAGAUAUUAUAUGCGCAGGCACGAACUUUAUCUCAAAUUUUUUAAUAUAGCAAACCAAUUGCUCGGAAUUAUGGAUAUCUGCUACAAAAAUAAAGUUGAAUGCGAAUGUAAUCUAACCAGGUUCAAACAAUACAUGGAUCAGCUUCAAGAAUCAACAUUCAUUAAUAGAGACCGACGCGUUCUUAAGAAAUUGAUCGAAAUGAGAAAAAAUCUAAACAAACAAGAUUCCAUCUCGAAAAAAUCAGAAAUUAUACCAACAAAGCAGCUGCUAAAGCUUUUUGAUGAUAAUAGUGAUCAAAUUAAUCUAGAUCUUGGCUAUAUUCCUCAAACAGAAAUUGAUGACUAUUUAUACUCUCUUAUAGAGGACCAGACGAUUACCUUUAAUACAGAAGAGACUAAAAAUUCAUUAAUGAUUUUUAGUAACGAUAAGCUUAACGAAAUUCUCAUUGAAUUACAAAAUCAAUUCAAUAUUACUACAAGAGAACAUAAAAUAAUAUUGAAAUGUGUUUUCGUUAGGUACUGUUUUGACUUCAUGUACCAGUUUUGGCCAGAACUUUUCAAAUGUCCAACAAGCAACGCAUUUCUGAAAAAAUGUUCAGUAGUUGGUUCUUAUUCACCAGCCAAACUUGGUCUAUGUGCCAACCCAUUUACAGAAGAGCAAUACAAUACGCCUAUCAUGAAUUUAUUGCAUGAUUUAUCUCUGAAAUCAAUUGUCGACCAACUUUCCAUCAUUCAAUUCCUUGUUAAUCCGCUUGAUAUUGUUGCAAAUAUCUCGAUCGCCCUGAACAUGCUUGGAGAAUUCGCAAAAUCUAACGCGACAUACAGAAGAUUGGGAAGAUUCGCGUCAAUGGCUUCAGAUAUUAUGCCAAAAAAGAACGAUAUGUUGUCAUUUGACGAUUGUUUCUCGUUAUUUUUCGUUACUUUCGUUAUGUACCCUCCGGUAACGGCUCCAUCAAUAUCUGAGAUCUUGAAAUACUUUGACAUGGGAUAUUCGCAGCCAAUGAAGUAUUCUAGAGACAUUUUUAUUGCUUCUGUCGACCACGUUUUGAAUUUUGAUAUUAAAAAUGUCGAAGACGAUAUUUUUGCAGAUGAUCCGUUAGGUAUUGCAGGAUAA